AUGAUGCCGCCCGCAGAAGAGCCGGCUGCCCGCGCAAGUUGGGUUGACAGGCAGCUGCUUCGGGAACUGCCCAAUGCGUGGCGAGUUGCCUACCUGUUUUUCGCACUGGCGCUCAUGCUCGUGCUCGGCACAGGUUUGAUGAUCAAUCCAGCAACCAUCUCGACCUUCGUAGAUUCUGUGGGAGUAGAUCAGCAGCCAGUGGCGCAGACCUACCUCCCGCUGGUGCUUUUCCCCAUCCUUUUCCUCUACAACUUCCUUUGGGCGGCCCUCCGAAGCCCUCAGCUCCUGGUAGUCGUGGUUUGCACAGUCUACGCCAUAGUUUAUGCAUUCAUUGCGGUGCGGUCGCUCAUGCAGCCCCACAUUGAGCCGUGGCUGGCCUGGAUCCUUUUCUAUGCCACCAACACAAAGUCGGUGCUGUUUCCCGUGAUGCUCUGGAGUGUCAUGAACGACCUCUCCUCGACACAAUAUUCGAAGGUGGCCUACCCUGCUUUGGUCUUUGCCGGCCAAGUCGGCGGCCUUGCAGGCUCCUUGUACGCCACCUUCGUACAUCGCGUCGGAGGAACCUCCGGACUCUUGGUGGUCCAGGCUGCAGCAUUGAUAAUAAUUGCAGCCCUGGUCUGGUUCGCUUGCAGACUAGCGGCAGUGGCCAGCCCAGAGCCUCCCGUGGCCACACUUGAAACUUCCCUUCAGCCGGUGGCCGCUAAUGCAGGCGCAUUGGAAGAGGCCCGCGCGCCACUCACCGGAGCUGCACAGAGGAACUGCUGCCUGCUUGGGCUGCGCGCGGCAACCCGAAAGCUGUGGGAGAGCGUGGAGGGCAUUGCACUGAUCCUCUCCCGCCCCUUCGUUGCCGGAAUCUUCUGGAUUGCUUGCGCUCACCUGGUGCCUCGCGUUAUUCUGGACUAUCAGGGCACGGCCCUCACCAAUGAGCGAUGGCCACGCAAGGUCGACGGCCAUGCAGUGCCGGGAAACAAAGACAAGCAGACCGCCUUCUUUGCCUGGUGUAACGUCGCCAACACCAUUGGAACGGGCUUGCUGUCGAUGUUCGGAGCUUCUUUUGCACAACGAAGGGGAGGGAAACGUGUCAUUGAGGGUUGGCUGGCGUCUGUGGCACAAUUUGACUAUUCACUCACAGGUGGCCGAUUUUUGAAACCUACUAUCCAAGCUUUCUGCAAAUGCAAGCUUAUGCUACGCCCCUGGCAGUGCUGUUGA